AUGGCGCUUUAUAGUCGAUCAACCAAAAUCAUUGAUGAAGCAUUGCCUGUACUGGAAGCAAGUCGCAGCUCAGUUCUUUUCGAGAAAUUAUGCGAAAACAUAGGAUCUCCGGAUAUUUCGGUUUUGAGCUGCUCUCCGUGCCUGAUAUGCUCGGAUGCUAGUCGUCAAAUGAUGGAAUUGAAAUUGUCUACAAUAAAACUGGAUUCUCGUUUCACCACUUCAGCGCAAAUGAUUAAACUUAUGGGUCAUUUUGAGGUACAAACUUUCAGGAUCAUAAUUCGUCUGAACGAAAUUAAACGAUCCAAAAUGAUAAAGCGUUUCAAAUUUUAUCACUGCAAUAAAGUGCUGGAAUCGGCGGUGGAUCUAAAAAAUCGGCCUCAACUUUGGGAGAAAGUGGCUGAUGUGCAGGUUAGUCAGGGAAGCGGUGAAAUCGAUGUACAGCUGCCAUUACCAGUAGUUACAUGCAAUGUUGUACUGGAAAUGGCCGAAUUUCAUGAAAUUGCAACAGCAAGCACAUCGGACGCACCGGAAUUGGUCCACUGUCCACGAUGCUCCACAGCAGUGCCACCAAAUCCAGGGAUUUGCUCGAAUUGCGGCGAAAAUGUUUUCCAAUGCAUAAAAUGUCGCGCGAUUAAUUACGAUGAAAAGGAACCGUUUCUGUGUAAUUCUUGUGGAUUUUGCAAAUAUGCACGUUUGGAGGCAAUGAUUGUCGGCCGCUCAACACCAUCUGUACAAACUAUUGAAGACGACAGGGAACGAGGAACGGUAAAUUUUUACUGA